AUGCCGAAAUUUUACUUGCCGCAAAAACCGCUCGGCACACCUUUGAAAGGACGGAGCUGUCAUCCGAACUCACCAGUGACGGAGGCACCGAAAAAUCCGGCGGUGACGGACACCACCAAUUUUGGCCCUCAUAUGCCGCGAUUACGUUGCGCCAACGCGCCCUCGACGGCAACUCUUUUCAUCCAGCUCAGCAUGCGCCGGCAGGCCGUGUCGUGUGGGCUCCCGAUCCUGGAUGUCCUGCUACCGGUGUCUUCCCGGGCAGCCCGCGCCCCCUUCAUCCGGGCCCAUCACGUUGCGUCAACGGGAAGAAUAACCGGCACGCAUCGCCAUGAACCAUCCUCUACCGCAGUCUGUAUACCAGGGAGAGGCGGAACACCACGCAGCACGCUACCGAAGGCCCGGGCAACCCCACUUCGCCUGCUCUCACGUCCUUUCAGCACCUCCUCCUCGUGGCGCGCAACUCAUGCCAUCUUCAAUCCGCAAAUCGAUGACGAUGGGAAGGAUAUGGUGUUGGAAAUCACCCAGCGCGCAGCGAAGCGCCUCUCCGAGAUCAUGGCUAAAGACUCGAACCCCAACCUCGCCCUUCGAAUCCAAGUCGAGAGUGGCGGCUGCCACGGAUUUCAAUAUCUCAUGAAACUUGUGACGCUGCCCCCAGCACUCCCCACUCAGGAUUCGCUUCGCCUCGGUACAGACGAUCACUCGACCGUUAUUCACGAGGACGAUACCAUCUUUACAUAUGCCUCUGACGGCAGCUCUUCUCCAGGAGAUUUGACAGCACCCAAGAUCAUCCUUGACUUGCCCUCGCUGGAGCUAUUGAAGGGUAGCAAGGUUGACUUCACCAUGGAACUCAUUGGGUCUCAAUUUAAAAUUGUUGACAACCCUCUCGCGACGAGUAGUUGCGGGUGCGGCACAAGUUUUGACAUCAAAAUAUGA